AUGGCCGCCACCACCUUCGACUACAUCAUCUGCGGCGGCGGAACAGCAGGCUGCGCCCUCGCCGCCCGCCUCAAACAAGGCAACCCCCAAUCCAGCAUAGCACUGAUCGAGCGCGGCAGCAGCGAAGUGCAACACAGCCCGGAAGUUCUCGCGCCACUGGGAUUCGCCAAAGCCCCCGAGCUAGGCAUUGCGAAGAUUCACGACUCCGUUCCGCAGGCGGCGCUCAAUGGACGGAGUAUUGGGCUUUGGGCGGGGAACAUGCUGUCUGGAUCGAGUGGGGUUAAUGCGGGUUUGUGGAUGCGAGGGGAUGCUAAGGAUUACGAUUAUUGGGCGAAGUUGGUGGGGGAUGAGAGGUGGAGUUAUAAGGGGUUACUCCCUUACUUUCGCCGUACGGAGAAGUGGCAUGAUGCCGCCGGGCUGAAGGAGUUGCAUGGCUUCGAUGGUCCGAUGAACACCCUGGUCGGCCCGGGAUAUCCUCUCAAGGAGCAAGUCCGGGAUGCGUUUGUGGAGUUGGGACUCAACGAGAAUACGGGUAGGGAAGACGGCGAUCAGUCCGGGAUUCUGGCACAUUGUGAGAACUUUCGACCGACUCGUCAGCCAGCUGGUGUCGUUUAUGACUUGAGUCAGGUGCACGUCGUCGACAAGGCUGUCGUCCGGAAGGUGCUCAUCGGGGCUUCAGGCCAUACCGGGCCCAGAGCCACGGGAGUCGAGCUUGUCGAUGGGAGAUCGUUCCACGCAACACAAGAGGUCAUCAUCAGCGCUGGAUCGUACGGCACCACUCAAAUACUGAUGCUCAGCGGAAUUGGAGCCCGCGAUCAGCUGGAUGCGCUAGGCGUACCGACUGUCAUCGAGAGCCCGGACGUCGGGAGAAACAUGUGGGAUCACGCCGCGUGUUACACCUGCUGGCGACUCAAGCCCGAAGCGGAGGCGAAAGGAUUCGCCUUUGGCAGUCCGGACUUCAUGUCGAGGCCGGGCGCGCUAGAAGGGCUGCCAGUCGACUGGGAAGCGAAUGAACAUCUGUCCAGCCCAGAACUCACCAAAGCACUGCAAGAAGACGGCCUUGCUCCGGACAUCGUGGAGGGGUUCGGCUUUGCGAAGAGGGUGACGAAUUGGCUCAGCGUGGUCUAUAUGCCGAUCGUCACGGGGCCGGAUUACAACGUCGCUGUCGAUGGCAAGGUGAUUGGCAUCGGCAUGUUGAACUACCAGCCAGCAUCGCGAGGGACAGUGACUCUACGCUCAGCCGAUCCACUGGAACCUCCAGACAUCGAUCCCAUGUACCUGUCAGCACAAUACGAUCGCGUACUCAUGCGCACGGCCGUUCGAAGAACCCUUCUUGUGGCCGAGUCGAAGGCUCUCGCACCUUACAUUGACGGAGAAGAAGUGCCGGCAGGUUACACGGUCCUGAACUCCAAGAGCUCCGAUGCGGAGAUUGACGACCGCAUUCGGAAAUGCCUUGGUACCAUUUACCACCCGGCCGGCACGGCUGCUAUGGGCAAGGUGGUGGAUUCCAGUCUGCGUGUCAAGGGCGUGGAGGGGCUUCGAGUCUGCGAUGCCAGCGUUUUCCCUGCCCCCAUUUCGGCGACUACGCAGGCUACGGUGUAUGCGGUUGCGGAGUGUUUUGCGGACAUGUUGUUGCGGGAAGGCAUGGCUGCGUCGUAG